UUAUAAAAUAUAAGUCUGAAGCGGAAUUAGAAAGUGAAAAUGUUGAUAUUAAAGCAUUAAAUCAUGUUAAAAGAAUAAAAUACUCUGCAUCAGAUUCGCCUUAUAGAGAAAUUAGAUCUAAGAAUUAA